CAUCUCAGCGCUACUACUUGCCGUGCUAGACAUAAUCACUCGUCUCCACGCUCGAUCGAGGCUUUCUCGAAGUCGCAAGCAACCAUCAUCAAGCGUCGGCUGAAGGACAAAAGUCAUAUCACCUCUUACGCGGCGUCCAGCCAACACUGUACAACCAUCCAUGCUUACAUGUUUUCCCAACCAACAGACGUUUAUUGGCAAGACAAAGAAACCCUUUCAAGUUUUCCCUGGGACCGCCUUGUCCCAAUUUUACACUACUAUAUCAGGGCCGUGUUGAUUUCGGGGAUGUUGACAUGCCGAUUGCUAGUCUUAGAGUCUUCGCUUCCUACAUCCAUGAUUUCCCUCCAACACAAACGCCGACAUAUCUCCCGCUCCAUUGUUGUCAUCCUAGGACGACAAUGUCGAGUCAAUGGGUCCUUAUUCGAUUGCAUCGAGAAGGAAUAUGAGAAGUGAUAUAAGAAGGAACCCCAGAUAAGAGCUGCAGAUCAGUCAUUGCUUUCUUGUGAUGGAGGCUUAGGCGAAAACGUUCAAGACCAGGAAGAUAUACAGUUUCAUCAUACUUCAAU